GGGCGGAUUUGAAAUUGAGAGGAAGGCGAAGGCGGCGGCCUUAACGGUAACGGCUGUUGGGACGGGCCGCUCCGCGGUGAGAGCCUUCCCCGCUGAGGGCGCGGGCAGCAGCUCCGGGCUAGUGUCUGUUCUGUCUGUGGGGCGGGUGUGUGUCCGUGAGGUGGGCGGCGGGCACGGCCCUGCCCGGGGAGCCGUUGGCCGCGCACCGGGGCAAGGCCUCUCUUCUGCUGGUGCAUCGAUUCUAGCGAGCUGCGCUCUUAAACUCCCCGUUCGGUGAGGCAAUUUACUCUGUUUGAGGAGAACCUAUUAUUUCUGAAAACUGUCUGUCACACUGCCUGCGCCAAAGUACAGUUCUACUUGCUUAUUCUGAUCCUUUGGAAAGUCCUUGUGGUGUUUAAGAAGGCGAAUACUCUUAGAUCCUGGAUUUUCCAAUACUGACAGCUUGUGAUUUACAGUUUUGUCACCAUGAGACGAAGUUCAAAUGUUACCAGAAGCAGUGGUCGGCAAUCUAUGAUGGCACUGAGAGUGCAGGACAACAACAAAAUGGGUCUUCAGACACCUCAGAUGCAGGAGAGAGGUACAUUUGGGAAGCUGAGCGUGGGCAAACCUACACCUGCAACGUCGGAAAGAAAAGUCAGCUUUUUUGGGAAAAGAACUAGUGGGGCUGGAAGUACACGCAACAGUCAGUAUGGUAUGUUUGGUACAGAGAAAAUCAAGGAUCCCAGGCCACUUCAUGACAAGACAUUCAUCCAACAAUGUAUCAAGCAGCUUUGUGAGUUUCUUUCUGAGAAUGGUUACGCGCAUAAUGUUUCCAUGAAAUCGCUGCAGUCUCCAUCGGUUAAGGACUUUUUAAAAAUCUUCACUUUUAUCUCUGGAUUUCUCCGCCCUUCUUAUGAACUACCUAACUCAAAAUUUGAAGAAGAAAUUCCCAGAGUUUUUAAAGAGUUUGGGUACCCCUUUGCUUUGUCAAAAAGCUCCAUGUACACAGUGGGAGCACCACACACAUGGCCUCAGAUCGUGACAGCUUUGGUUUGGUUAAUUGAUUCUGUCAAGUUGUAUGCUGCCAUGAGGGAAAAUGCACCAUUGUUUGAUGAUGGACAGAGCUGGGGAGGAGAGACAGAAGAUGGAAUUGUACAUAAUAAGCUUUUCGUGGACUACUCUGUGAAGUGCUAUGAGCAAUUCAUGAAAGGGAGAGAUACUUUUGAGGAAUUGGAUGCAGAAGUGCAAUCAAAAUUCAAGGAUUUAUUUAAUAUAGAUGAAUUUCAGAUAGAAGGUUUAAUAUCUGACAACAGAAGACUUAAUGAAGAGAUUGCAAGACUAGAAAAAGAAAAGGAAAAUGAGCCGGAUCGUAGAGUAACACUACGAAACCUGAAAUUGUCUCUUCAAGCAGACGUCCAGAAAUACAAGACUUAUUUGGCUAAUCUGGAAUCUCAUAUAGUCAUCCUUGAAGAAAAAGUGGAAGGUGUUAAUGAGGAAGUUGAAACAGGAGAAAUGGAAGUAGAAGCAAUGAAGCAGGAGAAUGCCCGGCUCCAACACAUCUUUGAUAACCAAAAGUACUCGGUUGCGGACAUUGAGAGAAUAAAUCAUGAGAGAAAUGAGUUGCAGCAAACCAUUAACAAGCUGACUAAGGAAGUGGAAGCAGAAGAACAUCAGCUGUGGAAUGAAGAGCUAAAAUAUGCUAGGAGUAAAGAGGCGAUUGAAAUGCAAUUGGCAGAGUAUCAUAAACUGGCUCGAAAACUGAAAUUAAUUCCAAUAAGUGCUGAGAAUUCCAAAGGCCACGAUUUUGAGAUUCAGUUUAAUCCUGAGGCAGGACCUAAUUGCCUAGUCAAAUACAGAACUCAGAUCAAGGCUCCUCUUAUGGAGAUCAUAAACCAGACGGAGGAAGAAAUUAGGAAUGCUACUCAACGGCACAUGACGUUGGCAGAUACUUUGGAACAGGUGAAAGUAAUGGUAGCAGACAAGAAAAGCAGUGUGAAAAUGCUGGAAGAAGAAGCUGAAAAGCUAGAUGAUCUUUACCAUCAGAAGCAUAAGGAGGUAGGAGAGGAAGAGCAAAAAUGGACAAAUGAACUGGAGUUGUUAGAGAAGCAUAAACAGCUACUUGAGAGUGGUGUCAAUGAAGGUCUUGGUGAAGCCACAAAAGAAUUGGAUGAUCUUCAACGACAAUAUCAAGUUGUUAUGCAAACAACAACAGAAGAGAGCAGGAAAGCUGGUGAUAACUUGAAUCGACUUCUAGAAGUGAUUGCGACCCAUGUAGUGUCUAUAGAGAAAUAUCUUGAUGAACAGAAUGAAAAAAUUGACAGAGACUAUGAAGAAUUCAUUUCUGAAGAUCUAUUGUCAUCCUUGACCAGAAUUCUAGACAGUUAUAAAAAGAAGGCUGAAAGUCUAUAAUUACAAAAAAAGUGAAGAUGAAAAUUUUGCAUUUCUGAAGCUCUGGUAUGAUGCCUUCUACAAGAAUGGGUACUUCCUGCAUUUAGCAGUGAAACUGGUUUUAAGCAUAAGGAAAUAUUUAUGGACUUCCUUUGUUGCAUUGACACAAACACAUUAAAGAAUAUAUUUGCAUUUUCUUAAAGGCUUUGCUUUCGCUUCCUCCUUGCAAUAUAUCAUGCAUGAUUACAAAAAUCUGUGACAGGACAACUGUGGAACAAUUUAGUUUCAUAUUUCCUUUAUCAUUAAAUCAUUUGUGCUCUUCUAGGAACAUUAGUAAGUCAAAAGUACAGUUAGCCUGUUAAAAUAACAUCCCAAAGUGGACUUAAAGAAGGAACCACAAGUGAGAGCACAAAUACAGAGGGGACACUGACAACUUGAAAUACUGCAACUUAAUUUGUGGUUUUUGUAAACUUGUAAAAUUGCUAACUGUGAGAAGAGUUAUGCUUUCUGGAGUAUAGUUUGUGUAUUUCUUAGUAUACAUAUGUAUUUGUUGCACAUGCAUGACAGUGGACAUCCUUCCCCAAGCCUUUCUUUUAGUAGCAAGACCAAAUGUAAAUGUCAUUCAGUCUCCUGUUUUUUCAGUUAUAUAUGAAACUACUCAGAGACCCCGCUUCCAUGAGUAAGAUUGCUUGGGUUUUUUUUUUUUUAACAAAAACCUCUUUGAAAAGAUCAGUAGUAGUUAUACAGUAGUCUUGUAAAUAGUUUAGAGAAAGAAAGUCAUUUUGAAAACGAAGUUUUGUCUCUAUCUGCUCAUAGUCCCAGAUGAACCUUCAUUGUACUAGUUCAAUAUGUGUACCAGAGAUAGUUCUAAGUAGGACACCAUCUGAAUUCUGGCAAUAUAGCUGAUCAGUUGUAGAUUUGGCUGAUGUUGGAUACAUCAAAAUGGCCCAAAAUGAGUCUGCUUUCCUGUUAGACCACUAGCACAGACUCUGAUUUCUCUUGCUUAGGAAAGUAGCAGUAAAAUUAGUGGAUGGGGGCCUUCAGUCCAAACACAUUGAAGAAAAUGUAACAACAUCUGUUGAACAUGUACUUGUCUCCAGUGCUAUAUGGAAGUAGUGUCAUCUUAUCUACUCUGUAUAUACCUUUGUGAGGUGUUUUUAAACAAAACAAAAAUCAGCAUUUAUAUCUUGGAUAGUUUACGGUGAUAUUUCCUAGUAAAAGUAUAGAAGUAUUUGAGUGUUUUUAUUAAAGAGUUCAGUGAUAAUAAAUAUCACUGAUUUGUAUACACAAUGAUAAAAACAACUUUGCAGUCUGUUCAAAAGAUUUUAGCUGCUGAUAGCUAAAUGAAGUUGCUCCUUAAUUCUAUAAUUAGUCACUAUUUGAAUGAAACACAGAUCCCUAGCAUCUAUAAGAAAACUUAAGUUAGACCAGCUGAGAACAGACUGCAAAUAAAAACUGAAUUGUCUUUUAUUUCAGGAUACUUACGCAGACCAUAUAUAAAACUCAGUUGUCCUUAACAUAGUGUGUGAAUCUUCUGGCUCCAAUAUGUGUAUUUUGUUUCAGACAUUAUGACAAUGAUGGCAUGAUUUAAGCUUCUCACUUUCAGUUCUUUUGUCCAGACAGCUAUAAAAGUUUUCUGACAGGUGGGUAGUAUUUCUGCUUUCUUCUGUUGUCCUCUUUCAUUUUACCUUUACAAACUUUUUUUUUCCAUGUUAUAGCCUAAUCCUUAUCAAAUCUCAGUUCCUUCUCUUUAGGAGCUUUUUUUCUUUUGUGAUUUUUUUUUCUAAUAUUUUUGUUAUCUGAAAUAAUAACCUUCUAAUUAAGUAAAGCUGUGAAACAUACAGCGUAAUCACGUUCCUUUAAAAUAUGUGCUUGCUUAGGGACUAUGCUCUCUCGGGUGCCUCAUACCUAUUUGCUUCUAUAGCUGAUUGUUCCUGUAUUUAUUAGUAUCUGCAGGUUCUUUGUCAUAUGCAGUAGUCAGUUGGCUGAGUAAAUUAAAACAAAUAUAAUUUCCAAGGACUAAUACUAACCAAAUGAUAAUAGGUUAAAGAAUCAAGGUCACAACCACCUUCUUUCAUGUACUGGCAAACGUAAUAUUCUGAAAUUAAAAUAGUCUGAGUAAUAAAAAGUCCACAUUUGUAAUGUUGGCAACAUGUUUUUGUUAUUGGGCUGAACUAUUGGUCUGUAUAUCAGUUAAACUGGAUUGACUGUAGAAUCAGCUUUUGACCUAGGUUCUGUAAAAUAUUGUGGGGAUUUUUGUCAUAAAAUAACAUAGAAUAACAGUGGCCAGUGUUUACUAGGUAAUAUUGUCUUCACAUUUUGAAAGGGAGGAAAUUUUUCAAUGCUCCUUGAACAUUGCUCGUGUGUGAUAUAUGAAGUCAGGUAGUCAGUUAUUUUUUAAUUUGCAUUCUGGAUUGUGGUUUUAAAUUUAGACAAUAGGCACUAGAACAUAAUUACUGCUCUUGGUUUUGUUUCUUUUUUUUUCAGAAUGUACCACUGGCACCUGUACAUUUCAGUAGCAUGAGUCGUUUGUAGAUUUUUGCUUUUAUAUGGAUACAGUUCCCUCAUUAAUUGCUUGUGUAUUUUUUGUACAGUUUACUUAAUAUGUCUUAUGUAUAUUUAUACUUAAUAAAAUUUCUUCAACCUCUUC